AUGGCGGCUCUGAGAGCUACCCUGGUCUCCCGUAUCCGGCCAGGUCCAAGCCGUACCACCUGGCGAACAAUAUCCCACCACCCUACCCCAGCCCGCGUCCCCAUCGUCCAGGGCUCCGUCGUCGACGCCGACAUCCCUACGUUUCUAGACCUUACCCAAGGACUCGCGCGGCCCCUAGUCUUCCGCACACCACACUCCCCGGCGAGCGGCCCAUCCUCCCCGCCCAAGAGAAAUGGUUCACCCCGGUGCUCGGGAUACCUCCGGGUCCCGCACGCCGGCGGUUCUGGCGGUGCCCCGGAAGAAGACGCGAUAUCCCUCUUCCUCGACUGGCUCACCACCCAAACUCACCCUCGGGAGCGCCUGCUCCGGGAAUCCCUCGAGCCCCUCCGCCCGCAGCUCCUCCGGACCCUUGCCUCCCCACCUUCCUUUUCCCAAUUCCACGCCCCCUCGCCCUCCUCCUCUCCGCCCUGGCCUACAACCUAUCCUCCCCCAAGGCGCCCCUCCGCCAGCUCUACAUCGCGCACUCCAUGGCACAAAGUCCUCCGUCUCAUGAGCCCCACCGCCGGCGAUGCCCUCUUCCGAAGGGUCCAGGCUGCUCUGGGCAAGAGCGGCUCCUCACGCAUCAGGCUCUCCGACAUGAUGCAUGGACCGGAAAGGGAUCUCCUCCACCGCGCUGUCUGGGAAAGCCCCUCGGCGAGCCCUGGAGAGACGGUGGCGGCAGAGUCGGCUGGUCCUGAGCUCGUGGAGGCCAGGGUAGGCCCUGGUGAUGCCCUCUUCGUUCCAGUAGGAUGGUGGCACUCCGUACAAAGCGAGGGUUCCGCUGGUGCUCUAAACGCUUCCGCGAACUGGUGGUUUCGAUAA